AUGCGUGAACCUAAUUUUAGUUCCCCAGCACAAAAUAAAGCAGCUGUAGUUGUUACUUCUACCUUAUAUGACAGAAGAGCUUUAGAUUGUACAGCAACUUUACCAUUAGUGAAUUCUUUAACUCAUCUAGCUUACAUGACAUCAACUUCACCACGCAUUCGUGAAAUAUUAGCAGCAGAUGGAGGAUUAGAAAGAUUAAUAAAGAUAUUAGCUACUUGCCAACAUACAGAUAAGCAUUCUUUAUGGAAAUGGUCAUUAGCAUUUCAAUGUGUUGUUAACAUUGGUGUUCGUGGUACAGAAGCUAUUCGGUCUCGUGUGGUUGAAGCAGGUGCUGUCCAUGUUAUUCUCGCCAUUCUCGAAAAUUUUAUAAAUGCACUUGACCAAACAAAAAUAGAAAAGGACCAAGAAAGAAAGCAACAUCUCUAUAGUCACACUCCAACAACCGCUUUAAGCUUACCAACUAUGCCAUCUGAAAAUAAACAAUCUUUGAAUACUUUUAACUCUCUUUCACAGCAUCAUCCUCAGCCUCAAGUUAAUCAUCAUAACAUGUUAUUUGUCAUCCCUAAACGUCGUACAUUCUUAAAGCGUAUUCGAAAACCAAAACCAAAACCAUAUACCGCAUCAUUAUCUACUAUUCCACUUUUAAAUAAUUUAUCUAAUGACGCAAUACUUCAUCGUGAAGAAGAUAUUCUUUUAUCUUUACAAUUGCUUGCUUAUCUUUCUAAAUACCCUUCUAUUCGUCAAGCCUUUCAUAAUAAUCAUCGUCAUAAUGUCUUUUCUGUUGUUGAAAAAUUUACUCAUCGUCUUCAUCCCGCUGCUAUUAUUUAUUGGGCUGGUGUUAUCAUGAGGAAUGCUUGCAGAAAAGAUGAAGCAAGAGGUGGUGUAAGACAAUGUGCAAACAUGCAAUGUGGUAAAUGGGAGAGAUUCCCACGUGAAUUUGCUAAAUGUCGUCGAUGUCGAAAAGCAAAAUAUUGUUCUAAAUCAUGUCAAUCUAAAGCUUGGGCAGAUGGUCAUCGAUGGUGGUGUGUAGAAAGACCUCAUAGUUCACAUCCACCUAAUGCGACAUCAUCUACUACUCAGGCAGCAGCAGCAGCAGUUGUUGCAGCAGCUCCACCACCUCCACCCCCUGCUGAACAAGUUGUUCAUCUUGAAGACAAUGUUACUUCUGAUGUUAUGGCUAUACCCAUUGCAGAACAUAAUAAUGGACAACAAGAUAAUAAUAAUGUAACAGAAGAUACAAAUGCAGUUACUACUACUACUACAAACACUCUUAGACAAUCAUCUCUACCUAAUAAUACAACAGCUUCUCCUACUACAACUACAUCAAAUCAUAUGACAUCUAUAUUAGCUAGUCGUCCGCCACGUGAAGGAGAUCUACUAUUUUAUCACCAUUCUCAACGAAGGAAUUCUCGCUCUGCACGUAGUUUUGCUUCUGGAAGUUCAACUGAAGUAGAAGCAGAUACUUCAGAUAAUUCACACGAACGUCCAAGAGAUUUAAUGGAUGUAGAUUAA